UAAAAGCAGCAAAUUGCUGCACAGCAUUGAUAUAAGUUGAAGACGAAGAAGUUUGCAGAAUGUGGAAGUCGCUUUUAGUGGUUUGCCUGCUCCCCGGCCUCAUAACAGGCUUGGGGCCUUUGAAGAAACUGAGCGACCGAUACUUUAUCAUUGCAGAAGAUGUGACUUUCAUUCAAGCUAUGACCUUUUGCGCGUAUUACGCAAUGGAAGUGCCUUCGAUCACCACUGCCGCAAAAAAUCUCGAAAUAAUGGAGCUCUUUGAAAAUUCUACCGAACCAUACAAUUGGUUCUGGAUUGCUGGAACGUAUCAGAACACUGCUUCGCGCUCAGGAUGGACUUGGCUGACCAGUAAGGAGGAUUUUGCCUAUACUAAUUGGAGAGCUUCAGAGCCGACAAUAUCUGAUGAAGGAGACACUUGCGUUAGAUGGGGACACUUCAGUUCGCCAAGCUUAAGUGAUGGAUUGUGGAGCUCGAGUCCAUGUGCUGGAAAGUUUGCAGACAUUCUAUGCCAAGUUUUAUAAGCAACUGCAGAGGUUAUUGGAUUUAAUCACGCAAAAAAAAGAAACAUGCGUGUUCAAUUUACCUACUAGUUACGCUUUUUCAUCAUUAUUAAAAAUAACUUGAAAA